GGAAUGUUUUACUGAGCGAUAAUGGCAGUUUGUGUCUAAGUUAUGUUUUUUUUAAAACUUGUUCAUUUCAUGUUGAAGAGAGAUGAACAUUGACAUAUGUUUGGAAGAUGUUAUUGCUUUCAACAGCAAAAUCAAAUGCUUAUUAGUGAUUUGAACAUAUCUUAAUUAUAUUUAAUGCAAAAGUAUAAGGCAGAUCACGUAUGCUUAAUGAAUAAAUACACAAAAGUCAACGUCGUUGGUCGAGGAGCUUUCGGUGUCGUUCAUCUAUGCGAAAGAAAAAAUGAUAAAGAAAAAGUGAUCAUCAAGCAAAUUACUGUUGAUCAGAUGACGAAAGAAGAGAGGCAACUAGCCGUUACAGAAGUCACAGUCUUAUCAAUGCUUUCCCAUCCAAACAUUAUACAGUUAUUUGAAAAUUUCUUAGAAGAUAAAGCAUUAAUGAUUGUAAUGGAAUAUGCAGAAGGAGGAACUCUUAAUGAUUAUUUGCAAUCUCAAAAAGAGGAGUUGAUUGAGGAGACUAAAGUUCUUCAGUUUUUUGCUCAAAUUCUCUUAGCUAUCCAACAUAUACAUUCCAGACAAAUUUUACAUAGAGAUUUGAAAACUCAGAAUAUCUUCUUGGAUAAAAAUAAAGAUAUAAUAAAAGUUGGAGAUUUCGGUAUAUCAAAGAUUCUUGAUAGUAAAAGUAAAGCUGUGUCCGUUGUUGGGACACCUUGCUAUAUAAGUCCUGAGUUAUGCAAGGGUCAACCUUAUAAUCAAAAAAGUGACGUUUGGGCUGUUGGCUGUAUCUUGUAUGAAAUGUUAACGCUAAAGAGGGCGUUUCAUGCUGAAAAUCUACCAGCAUUAUUGGAUAAUUCUAUUAGCGAUAAAUACAGCGAUGAAUUGAAGGAGAUUGCCAAUCGUAUGCUGGAACAGUCAGCUGAAAAAAGAGCCACAAUUUACCAAAUUAUGGCUGAACCUUUAAUAUUGAUUGCUCUAUUAGAUGUUUCUUGCGAUUUAGGUAGUAUUGACAGUCCAAAUAUUAUACCAGCUCCAACGAGAAAUUUGACCUCUAAUGAAAUAAGCAUUUCUGGUGGCACUUCUCAACAACCAAACAAUUCGUGCUUAGUUUAUUGGUGGGGUAAUGGGGUUUGUCAGCCCGCCGUUUUACCUUUACCAUCCAAUGAUACUCUUUUGACUCAAAUUUGCAUCGGAAGAACGCAAAAGGCCGCUGUAACCUCGACCGGGAAGCUUUUUGUUUGGGAAGAAUGUGGAGAGAGAUCCUAUAUCCCUCGACUGGUUGAUGGUGAAUCAGCUGUUUGUAUCAAAAGUGUGGCCUGUGGUGAUCUAUUCAUGGCAUUUUUAACCGAUAGAGGAUUACUAAUGACCUCUGGGGGCGGAGCUUCAGGGUGUUUGGGACAUAAUGACUAUAGAGAUGUUGAACAAGCCAAAAUUGUUCAAAGUCUUCUAGGAUCCGAAGUUAUUCAUAUUGCCUGUGGGUCCAAUCACUGUGUUGCAGUAACGAGUGAUAAUGAAGUUUAUUGUUGGGGAAGGUCAGAUAACGGAAGGUUAGGAUUAAGAAGAACAUCAUCAGUAAAUAAACCUUUAUUGGCAGCAAUCUCUCCUAGUUACAAGCCUAUUCAAGCAUUUUGCUCCAGUGAUUGUUCUGUAUUACUAACUGAUGAUGGUUCAAUAUUAGCUACAGGGAGUAAUCGUCAUAAUAAACUUUGUUUAGAUACGUUAUAUGGUGACAAGGUAGACGAAUCAUAUUGCUUUCGAGAGCAGGAAACGCUAAAAGAAAUGAAAAUCAAAACUUUGGACGUCGGCCCCACUCAUUCGGCUUUCGUCUCUGAAGAUGGAUAUUGUUAUAUGAUUGGAUCAAAUAAUUUUGGUCAAUUAGGAACGGGAUCAUUUGGACAUAGUGACCGUCUGCCCUACAAGAUAACGAGCAUCGAUCGAGUUUGUUAUGUUGCCUGUGGUGAUGCUUUCACAGUGGCAGCUGUUGAAGGCCAUCAUAAAGUUUUUACUUGGGGAAAACAAAGCAGAGGAAGGUUGGGUCGUGAAGACAAUAAUGACUCUUUAAAGCCAUCGUCAGUCGAUUUUCCUCUCUGUGGAGAUGAAGUUAGAGUUCAAAGUUUAUCGUCUGCCCACGGAUCAACCUUAAUAUGCUUAAAUCGAAAUCGGUCAACAUAA